AUUAGCUACUCCCCUCGGAGCUCCGUGGGUACCGGCCUGACUCCCGCGGGGACUGUACUUAUUCUGUCUAGACACGUGCUGGUCAGCAGGGCAAGUGAGUGAAAACAUUUGCGAUCGUCUGAGGAUUUAUUGUCUGACCGGGACAGGACGGUACAGGACAGGAAAGAGCACACAAGGCAUAGGAGAGGGCGUCUGACAGCGUUUGGUAUCCUUUGGGGACAAGAGAUAUAGUCGAGUGGAAGUGCAGGAAAUUUCCAGAAUUUGGAUCUGGUGUUAUAUGAGCUGUCAAGAUGUUCAAAAAGGCAAAAGUCACAGACCAAACAGCCGCCGGACAAGGGAAAGAUGCCUCAGAGGGAGACAAGGCCAAGAAGAAAGAGGGUAUCAAGAGACGCUCCAAAGUCCCAGGAGUGAUGAUCACUCAGUAUAUAGAGGAUCUGCCUGAAGGGAAAUCCACACCGGACUUCAUCCGCAAACCCAUAGCUCUCACCAUCCAAGAAGGUAAACUGGCCCUGUUCAAAGCGAAGGUGAGCGGCGAUCCCAAACCCGAGCUGACCUGGACAAGGGCCAAAGGUGACUUGACUGACACAGCGAGAUUCCAGCAGAAAUACGAGGAGGCCAGUGGAGAGUACACAUUAGUGAUCCCCAAAGUUUCUGGUGAGGAUGCAGACACCUACAAAUGCUAUGCCCAAAACGAAUAUGGGAAAGCAGUUGUUACAGCUAUUCUCAAUGUCAUUGAAGUUGGAUAUAAGAAAAGUAAAGCUCUCCAAGUGGAGGAGACUGCAGAUCCUACUGAGUUUAGAAAAAUGCUACGAAAAAGGGCUGGGAAAGAAAAGGAAGAGCAGCAGAGAAGAGAGGGUGGAGUGGAUGACAAGUUCUGGGAUCUUCUCAUGAGCUCUGAUAAGAAAGACUAUGAAGGUCUUUGUAACGAGUUUGGCGUCACCGAUUUCCGCUGGAUGCUGAAGAAACUGAACGAAAUUAAGAAAGAGAGAGAGGAAGAGCAAAAAAUGUAUGUUGAGACUAUAAGUAACCUGAAACACAUUGAGGUGAAGGGAGAUGGUCUGGCCUGCUUCUCCAUCGACAUGGAGCUCACUGACCCCAACAGUAGGAUUUUCCUCUACAAGGAUGGGGUCAUGAUACCUUACAGUGAGGAGAUGGAUCAAAAGCACAGCCUGAAGCGCAUUGGCAAGAGCUUGGUCUUCUCCGUCCGGGACCUCAAGUCAGAAGAUGCCGGCCUCUAUCAGAUAGACGUGGAGGAGGUCAACAUGUUCUCCACAGAAUUCAAAAUUCCUACCGUCGACUUUGUCGCAAAGAUCCAAGAGGUGAAGGCCCAGGAGCGCGAGGAUGCCGUUUUUGAGUGCGUCCUGACCCAUCCUCUGCCCAAGAUACAGUGGCUGGGGAGGAACUCCACUCUGGAGGACGGGGAGAAGUACACCAUCACCGUGUCCGAGGACAGGCUCAUCCAUCGGCUGCUGAUCAAGGACUGCCUGCAGCUGGACAAAGGAAUCUACACUGCAGUGGCUGGCAUCAAAACCUGCAGCGCUUGGCUGAUUGUGGAAGCGGACACUGGUGCGAAGGGCAAAAAGGCUGCGAGGAAGACCACGCAGGCGGGCGGGGGAGCAGACCUGGAGAAGCUGGCACGGGAGCAGCAGGAGAAGCUGGCGAAGGAGAGGGAGGAGGAGAUCAAGAAGAGGCAGCAGGAGGAUGCGGAGAGGCGCGCACGAGAGGAGAUGGAGGCCCGCAGGGUAAAGGAUCAGGCCGAGCUGGACCGCCUGGCACAGGAGGAGCGGGACAGGCUGGAGGCCGAGAGGCGCCGGGCCCUGGAGGCACGCGGCAUACUAGGAGGAGCUGGAGACUGGUCCGCAGAUGGUUCUGGUUCUGGUAAAGGGGCUGGCGGAAAGGGGACAGGUGGCGAUGGCUCCACUGAUGGCUCAGGAAAAGGUAAAGGCAGAGGCGGCGGGUCAGGUGACGGCUCUGGUGACGGGACCGGGAAAGGGUUUGGUAAAGGAUCCGGUGAUGGUUCUGGUGGCGAUGGAUCCGGUAAAGACGGCAAAAGAGGUGCACGGGACAGCGAUGCCUCCAGAUUGAAGGGGAAGGGCGCAGCAGGCAGUGGGCGUGGCGAUGGCACAGAUGGAGAGGGCGACGGAGAUGGUAGCGGAAAGGAUGGCAAACUAGGCAAAGGAAAUGGCCUAAAUGCUGGUGCUGGUGCUGGGGCAGACGGAGAUUCACUGAAAGGUGAUGGCACAGACCCAGAUGCUGAUAAAGAUGAGGAUGAGAAUGAGAAAGACAAAGCGGCCAGGAGAGCCAAGAGACAGAGGCAAGGGGACCUGGUCCCUGACAAGGUUGUGGAUCCUGGGGUUCAGUUUGUGGUGGGGCUCUCGAACGUGACCUCCAUGUUGGGCCAGCCAGCUGAGCUGAUGUGCAAAGUAAGCAGCGAACAGUGUGAAGGCACCUGGUUCAAGGACGGGAGGAAGAUCACUGAUGAAGCUGGAAUAUCAGUGUCUAAGGAUGGAGCGUGCCACAAGUUAGUCAUCGACAACUGUCAAGAAGAACACUCUGGACGGUACCGCUUUGAGGCCGAAGGACGAAAAUCAGAGGCUAUUAUAGCUGUACAAGAUCCACCAAGAUUCGUUAAGGAGGAACUGGAGAAAUUCUCAAGCCCAAUUACCGUAAAAGCUGGGCAAAGUGCAGUCUUCAAGUUGCCCUUUGAGGGUCACGAGCCCUCUAAGAUCCAGUGGUACAGGAAAGGGGAGGAGCUUCUGGAUGAGCCGGGCGUCAAGAUCGAGAUCUCGCCCAACCAGAGCAGGCUUCUCCUCAACAAGUGCACGCGCAAGCAGACGGGUGAAAUCAAGAUACGGAUCAAGAACGAGUAUGGCACUGUUGAGGCAGUCACACAACUCGUUGUCCUUGACAAACCUACUGCACCUCAAGGCCCAGUGGAGACUGUGGAAAGCUCGGGCCAGUGCGUUGAGAUCAAGUGGAGAGCACCAAAAGAUGACGGCGGCAUGCCCAUCAAGAACUACAUUCUGGAACGGCAACAGAUCGGCCGCAACACGUGGACCAAAAUCGGAGAGAUCCCUGGCAAUCCCACCUACAAGGACACCAACGUGGAGCUUGGACGGAAGUACUGCUACCGCAUCCAGGCAAUCACAGAGCAGGGCGUGAGCGAGGUGAUGGAGACAGAAGACAUACAGGCAGGCACUUUGGCAUUCCCUUCACAACCAGCUGCACCAAAGGUGGUGAGUGCCUUCAACGACUGCAUCAACCUGACCUGGACCGCCCCGUCUGACACGGGCGGCGCAGGCUCUCGCAUAGUGGGCUACAACCUGGAGAAGCGGAAGAAGGGCAGUAACCUCUGGAGCCAGGUCAACCCCGCAGGGGAGCCCAUACAAGGAAAGAAGUAUGCUGUGAAAGAUGUCGUUGCUGGAGUGGAAUAUGAGUUUCGAGUGAUAGCCAUCAACCUCUCUGGCCCAUCGGAACCCAGUCAUGCAUCGCCAUUUGUGAUCGCACGAGACCCCAAGAAGCCCCCGGGCAAAGUGCUUGACCUGAAGCUAACCGAGACCACUUACAACACCGUGUCCCUGAGCUGGUCAAAGCCCGAGGAGAGGAAAGGCAUUCAGGACGAGCCGAAGGGCUACUUUGUGGAGGUCAGGCCGGCGGAGAGCUUGGAGUGGCUGAGAAGCAACACCACCCCCGUCAUCCUCACCUCGUACAUGGUCAAAGGCCUGAAGAGCAUGGCCAUGUACUGGGUGAGGGUUAUCGCAACCAACGAGGGUGGAGACAGUGAGCCGGCCGAUCUGGAGAACUACAUCAUGGCCAUGCCUCCUCCUGUUAGGCCAAAGUUCACGACUCGCAACAUGCAGAGUUUCAUGGUGGUGCGUGCAGGGAAUACCUUGAGGAUCAAUUUAGCCUUUGAAGCGUCCCCGUGGCCGGAUGUGGAGUGGGAGAAGGAUGGCAUGCACGUGAGCAAGAGGGCCACCAUCAGCAACUCGGACACCGGCUCCCAAAUCCUCAUCCCCUCCUCAGAGCGCAGCGACACCGGCAUCUACACAAUAGUAGUGAAGAACAUGGUGGGCCAGGAGACAUUCAGCAUUGAAGUCAGAGUCACAGAUGAGCCAAAGCCACCGGGUCCCAUUGAGCUGGAGGAGAACGUCCCCGGCACGGUGACGGUGAACUGGGAGCCGUCGAUUGACGAGAAGCGUGAUGACCGGCUGCACUACUGCGUCUCGCAGCGUGACUCCACCAAGCGCACCUGGCACAUGGUGGCCGACCGCCUCUUCAAUCGCAAGUUCACCGCCUGCAACAUCAUGCAGGGCCGAGAGUACCACUUCCGCGUCUACGCCAAGAAUGACAUGGGCAUGUCCGCCCCCUCCGAGUCGCCCACCUGGGGCACCACCCGGCAGAAAGAGAAGUUUGUGGUGGCCAUGCCGGACUACAGGAAGUGUGACUUCCAGUGUGCGCCGUCCUUCACGGCGCCCCUGAAGGUGCGCGUGGCCCCCAAGGGUUACGAGUGCUACAUGACCUGCGCGGUCAAGGGCAACCCGUUUCCCCGCAUCACCUGGUACCACAACAACGUGAGCCUCAACACCAACACCAACUACCUGAUCACCAACACCUGUGGCGUCUGCUCCAUCCUCAUCCUGCGUGUGGCCCCGAGGGACAUCGGCGAGUACAUGGUGACUGCCGAGAAUGGACUGGGACGUGCCGAGACCGCCACCAGUCUCACCGUCAGAGAUUGAGAUGUAGAAGACUCCAAGAAGAUCACCACCCCUUUGUUAUGUGACUGCUCUGUCCAUCACUUUAACAUUUGGAUAGGGAGAAUGCAGGGGCGAGGGACCUUUUUCAAUCAAUGGGUCUCUUCAAAAUGUUAAAGUCCUUCAGGGGCCGUACUAUGAACAAAAACCCCCGGAUGUUCCCUUUAGGGCUAUAUAUUGAAGGUGGCCUUUACAACAGGCACCACUUUCACUAGGUCCCCUGAAAAUACAUACUUAAUUGUAUUGCAAAUGUAGUUUCUAAGAUUACUUUACAAAACAUGUCAUAUUUCAUGUGAAACUGCAUAACAUUAAAAUUAUCUUGGGGGCCAGAUAAUAUGGCCUCAUGACCCGUAAACAGCCCACGGGCCAUAGGUUUCCCACCCAUGGGAUAAUGCAACUAUGGACAUGAGUAUUGGAUAUAGAGAGCACAUGUACAUAUCAUGAUUUAAUUGACUGUUGUGUGUUUUUCAUACAUCUCAGAUAGUAAUUUUGUGUGGUUCAUAUAAUGACUUUAAAUGUAAUGUUUGCAAUCACAAAGAAACAUCACUGUCUUUUCUGCAUGAGCGAAGUGGAAGCUGUGAAUCUUCAUUAUUACUGCUAUGCUAUCAAGUGUUUCAAGCAAAACAAAACUUUUAUUGUCUAAAUGGUGUGUUAUAUUAUGCAAACAAAGUGCUUUACUCUGUAUGAACGGAUCAGUUGUCAAACAGUUAUUACUAACAUUGUCUCAGAAAAGACAAUUCAUAAUCAAAUACAAUUUGAUACAUAUUCAUAAUCAAAUACAAUUCAAUGGAACACAAAA